AUGGGUAUUGCUGUUGCACACGUGUUUCAGUGUAUUUUUGAAGCCCUCCUGGACCAUUUUAUUGGUCGCGGUCUCUGGUACGCCUCGGGAUGCCGGCUAACAUUUAAACUGGACAUCCAGUCCGAGCUGAGCUGCAAACUCGUAUCCUACCUGCCUGCUGCAACACAACUCCUGUCCGCAACGCUCCUUGUCUCCUUCACCAUUGACAGAACUGUCACUAUCUUCAGACCCAUUCAUUCUCGAGGGGAUAUUCAUUUACAGUAUGCCCAGUUGGACAUCCUGGCUUGCUUCUUGUUUUCAUUCAUAAGCUUCAUUCCGGCCGCACUGUUCUACAAUAUAGUUGACAAGGGUGAGGGUCAAUGCAGUUGCGCGCUCUCAAACCCUACAAGUCCCGGUGCACGUUAUGUCAUUCUCAUGUCUGUAUUUUGCUCCUACACAGUGCCGACAUUUGUCAUUCUCAUCCUGAAUGUGAUUAUCUGCUACAAAUUGAAGUACAUUGUGCAGGGCAAACAACUGGUGGCCAAGGCAAGUGCGCGACAGAAGAUAGAACGGAGAAGAAUUUUGGGUCACCUGGGUGUUUGCUCCCUUUUUCUCUUUCUCUCCCUGCCGCUCGUCAUCGUCAUGGCCAUAAGACAGCACUCGGAUGCGAUGCAGUAUAGUGUAAGUAAUAGUGCGUACCAUCAGGAAGUUGUUCAACUGACAAAAUUCUUUAAUUCCUUUACUGCAAUCCAGUACUCAUCAGACAUCUGGGUGUAUCUCUUAUUUCUGCCCAACGUACGUUCCGAAGCUAUUCGCCUUCUCUGCGGCUGCAAGUGUUUGACGAAAUUUGAAAUUGUCAGACGAUUCAUCAAAAGGCACGUGAGGACCACUUCAGCUGAGAGACAGUGGAAACUGGCUCGCCGGGAGAAAGGAGUCGGCAAGAAGGCAAAGGACAUAGACGCAUCCGACUCCGCCGGAACUUGUGAUAGUGAUCGUUAG